GGGAGAGGGAAAUGGGGCAGAGAAGCUAGCCCAACCCUCUUUUGAAAAAUCUAUUUCCAAGUACCUUUCUUCCUUUUUAUAAGCAAACUCUGUCAUCGACAGUUGAGGUUUGUCCUCUACUGACCCACCCCAGCAGUGAUUUUGGAUGAAGAGUCGCCUCACCCCCCCCCCCCACGACCCCCAAUCCUUUAGUUGGGGCUCAGGGUUGAUGCUGCUUCAUCAGGAGCCAGUUGUCAGGAUGACAGCCCAGCCCCAGCAGGAGCUAUAAACUUCAACCAGCCACAAGAGUGUGCAUGUGAGGUGACUGCAACAUUUUCCCUGCCAAACCAGAAUUAGCCGGUAUAGGAAUGAAAGAGUGUGGAGACUUGAGCUUGCACAGGCUGGACGCUCAGCUCUUACUCAAAUACCCCAGAGCCCCCCAGUUCUGCAGGGCAAAGGGCUGAGGGUAACUGAGGCUACCUACACCUGCUUGAGCCGGCCGGGGGCAGCGGUCAAGAGGAGCUGGAGGGCCGGGGUACCGCAGCUCCAGGAUGAGAGGUGCCACUGCAGCCAGCCUCAGCGUUCAGGAGCUCCGGGAGCAACAGAAAGGAGCUGGGGAGCCCAGGAGCAGCGCCCUGUGAAGCUGCUGACCCCGGGCUGGCCGGGAGCGACUAUUAUAGAAAAAUGUACACCAGUCAUGAAGAUAUUGGGUAUGAUUUUGAAGAUGGACCAAGAGAAAAGAAGACUCAUAAGCCUAACCCCAACAUUGAUGGUGGCUGGGCUUGGAUGAUUGUCCUUUCCUCUUUCGUGGUACACAUACUCAUCAUGGGGUCCCAGAUGGCACUAGGUGUGCUGAACAUGGAAUGGCUUGAAGAAUUCCAUCAGAGUCGAGGCUUGACUGCCUGGGUUAGCUCCCUUAGCAUGGGGAUCACACUCAUCGUGGGACCUUUCAUUGGCUUGUUCAUUAACACAUGUGGCUGCCGCAAGACCGCCAUCAUGGGCGGGAUUCUGAAUGCCCUGGGCUGGGUCCUGAGUGCCUAUGCCACCAACGUGCAUUAUCUCUUCAUCACAUUCGGAGUAGCGGCUGGGUUUGGCAGCGGUAUGGUCUAUCUCCCCGCAGUGGUCAUGGUGGGACAGUAUUUUCAGAAGAGACGAGCUCUAGCUCAGGGUCUUAGUACAACUGGAACAGGAUUUGGUACCUUCCUCAUGACCGUCUUACUAAAAUAUCUUUGUUCAGAAUAUGGAUGGAGAAGCGCAAUGUUCAUCCAGGGGGCCGUCUCCUUGAACCUGUGUGUUUGUGGAGCCCUCAUGAGGCCUCUCACUCCCAAUGAAACCCAAAGCAAAAAAGAUCUUAAGAACAAAGAUGGCGAGAGAGAACUCAAACUCCCUCUUUCUCAUUCGACUGAGUCGAUAAAAUCAAAUGGGCAUCUAAACAAAACAGAAGAGAAAGAGGAUGGGCCGGUGAAGGAGGAAAUGCUCAGCAACUCCCCAGCCCCAGAGAGCAAAGGCAAAGACAAAGUUCAACACGGAAAGAACAUGUACGCUCUUCGGAUUCUUAAGAUAGUGAGCCAACUUACCAUUAGAGUCAGGAAGGGAUUCUGGGACUGGUACUCAAGUUAUUUUGGAACUGCAUCCCUAUUUACCAAUAGGAUGUUCGUAGCUUUUAUUUUCUGGGCUUUGUUUGCCUACAGCAGCUUUGUCAUUCCAUUUAUUCAUCUCCCAGAAAUAGUCAAGCUGUAUAAUCUGUCUGAACAAAAUGACGUUUUCCCCUUGACUUCGAUCAUAGCAAUAGUUCAUAUCUUCGGAAAAGUGAUCCUUGGAAUCGUGGCUGACCUGCCCUGCACCAGUGUUUGGAACGUCUUCCUGAUGGCCAACUUGAGUCUCGUCAUCAGCAUCCUCAUUCUGCCAUUGAUGCACACCUAUGCCAGCCUGGCAGCAAUGUGUGCCCUGAUAGGCUUUUCCAGUGGGUAUUUCUCCUUAAUGCCUGUGGUGACCGAAGAUCUGGUGGGCAUAGAACAUCUUGCGAAUGCCUAUGGCAUCAUCAUUUGUGCCAAUGGGAUAUCUGCUUUGCUGGGACCACCAUUUGCAGGUUGGAUCUAUGAUAUCACCCAAAAAUACGAUUUUUCCUUCUACAUAUGUGGCUUACUUUACAUGGUGGGAAUGCUCUUUUUGCUCAUCCAACCUUGUAUCCGACUGAAGGAACAACCAAGAAAGAAAUACAUGGAAGGCACCCAUGUUUAGUGCUGCUUGAAAUGGAGAUGGCAGCUCUUGGCUUCCCCUCGCCGUUGCUGACCUAAAGAACAACAAAGGUAUCCCAUUUGGGGAACUACUCUGCCGGGCACUAUUCCAAAUGCCAGCUCAGUUGAUACAGAGGAGAUGAUCCAUCAGAGCUGGGUCAGUCAAGAAUUUCCAGAAGCAUCCUCAUAAAAGCAAAUACCUUGUCAUACAUAGGGCCCUCAGCGUUUGCAUUAAAAGGAGAGAGAGAGAGAGAGAAAGAAGUAAAAACAAACAAAAAAAAUAAGAGAAAAAUAAACAUGAAACCUCUUUACAAUCACUUCCUUUGUGAUGGGGGGGGGGGGGAGAAGAAGAAAAAUUUAUCAGACUCUUUACCCUAAGCAGGCUGAUAACUUGGUUUGUAAGCACAGACUGUGGCUAGAUUUCUGAACCAACUCUUCUUGCCUACAGAGAAUUGCUCACGGAUCCAUGUAAAAUAAAACUGGCCUAUGCUCGAAAUUCACGUAGUUUUGUACAAUUUAAAAAUGUUUCUAUGAUAAAGAAAUGAAUGCAAUUUAUAUUUUUCUCAAUGAAUUCUGAAGCUUAUAACAUUGUCACUCGCUAAGAUGAUCUUGAUACAUUUUCAAAAUAGGGGAAACAAUAGUCAUAGGCUACUAGUGAACCAAGGGCUAUUGCAUUUUAGGCACUUUGAUUCUGAUAUUCCCUGUCUCUGAUUUAAAGGCAAAACUUUGGGUAAAUAAAAACUGAAGGGAGAGGGAGCAAUUGGGGGCAGUGCUGUGGUUUCCUUGUAUAUAAAAUCUAGAAUCUUUUAUGGCCAUCUUGAAAGGACUGUUGUAAAAAUAAACUGUUUAGUCUUUGAAAAAUUACUUGCAGACUCCAAUGAUACGGCAAGAAGACUGGCAUGCUAUGAUAAGCUAAUAAAAGCUACUACAGGUGCGCUCCUAGCAAUACAAUAAUCUUUACAACUAGCUAGCUCUGGGGCAGUGAGCUAGCACAGUAAAUAGAGAGCCAGGCCUGGAGAUUUCGAAGGUCCUUGGUUCAAAUAUGGCCUCAGAUGCUUCCUGGCUGUGUGACCUUGGGCAAGUCACUUAACCUCAAUUGCCUAGCCCUUCCCACUCUUCUGCCUUAGGACUGAUACUAAGACAGAUGGCAAGGGUUUAAAAACAAACAUAACUAGCUAGCUCUCCACUCUGGUCAUUCCCAUUACUAAGCAGAUAAUUCAUUUACUUGUAUUUCCAACAGUUUUGUUUAAAUAGCUUUGUUUAAAUGGCUUCUGGACAAAGGAAUCACCCUGUCCUUGAGUCAUCAAACUUUAAAGCUACAAAAUGCCUUUCCCAGACGCCCAGCCCAAAAGCUUUAAACUUUUUUAUGGAAUUCCUGGUGGUGGUUGCACAAAAUAUAAGCAAAGGUUUCAUGGAAAAACCUGAAUUUUGGUGAUUUAAAAAUAUUUAAUGAAAUUGAAUUAGUAAAAAAAUAAAUAAAAAUUUUGAAAUAUUUAAUAUGAAACUAUGUGUUCAAAAUACUUACUUUGUAUGGUUUUUAGGGUCAGAGAUUAAAAAUUGGAUUAGUUCCCUUUUUAUGUGCUAAAAUUUUCCUAAAACCCUUUUAUCUAGGUGGCACAGUAGAUAGAUCAUAGAGCCUGAAAUUUUAAGCACUUAAUAACUGUGUGACCCUGGGCAAGUCACUUAACCUUGUUUGCCUCAGUUCCUCAUCUGUUAAAAAAUGAACUGGAGAAGGAAAUCUCUGGUAUCUUUGCCAAGAAAACCUCAAAUGGGGUCACAAGAGUCAGACACAACUGAAAAACAAAACAGCUUUUUAGCCUAGACACAACCAAAAUGGCACCUGAGUUUUGAGAGAAGUCCAUAACACUUGAGUCAGAAUAUAAAGAGGAUAACAAGCCCAAACUAAGAUUCACUCAUUGACACAAUACUUGUUUGUUUGUCAAGGGCAGUUCCAUCUGCUUUUGGAUUGUGUUUAUGGAUUCUGUCAAUAUAUUUCUCUUUUUUAAAAAAAGUGCCCAUAUCUUCUGUCUCAGAAUCAGUACUGUGUAUUGGUUCCAAAGCAAAACAGCAAUAAGGACUAGGCAAAGGGGGUUAAGUGACUUGCCCAGGGUCUCCCAGCUAGGAAGUGUCUAGGCCAGAUUUAAACCCAGGACCUCUGAUCUUUAGACCUGGCUCUCUAUCCAUUAAGCUACCCAGCUACCCCCUCUCAAUACAUUUCAAGACAAGGGUUCCAUGGUCAAAAUCGUUGAAAAAUAUCCAUUUAGUCCAAUUCCCUCACUUGUAAGUGAAAAACUGAGGUCUAGCUUCAUCAAAGUGAAAACCUAAUUAAGAGCAAAAUUGAGGCUAGAUGUGAAAUAUCCCGACUCCCACCCCAGUGCCUGCUUUCCUACAUCCUACAUUGCUCUCUACGAUCCAUUUUUCUAAGUCAAACCUUUGUCAGAUUGCAGAAUGAUCCAAGAAACAUUUUGAAAAUUUCUGGCUGCCUUAAUUGUUUACACAUAGUUUAGAACUAUAUGAUAUUCUACUGAAAUUUUUCCCAUUUCAAAAUCAUUUCAGUUUCUCAGGGCUUGUGAACACAGUGUGAAAUGCAUCUGAGAUACCCAAAUCUUGUUUAUUCACGGUAAAAGAAAGGCAGAAAUAGCUCUGAGAAGAUACAUAUGUGUGUGUACAUAAAUACAUACACAUAUAUAAUAUUUAUUAAAAUCACCCAACCAAAUUUUAGCCAAUAGCUUCAAUCUCUUCUACCAAACCUUUCACUAGAACAGGUAAUAAAAUGGAUUUCUUUCUCUCGUCUCCAUUUUUCUUGCCCUACACUCUGGUGGAAAGGGUUGAUUAGUGACGUGAACAAGAGAGAGACAGCCCACGAGAGGGAGAAACAAAGUCACUUCACCUGCUAAUAAUCAAAAGUCGCCCAUUCUAUAGAAAAUAGAUUGCAUGUCAUCCUCUCUCUUCAGUCCAAUGUGAUAAUGACUAGUUUUGUCACUGUUCGACCAAGCAAAGUGACUUAGGUCUUGAGCCUUUUCUGUAUAGUUAAUAUAGUGUUAGGAAUAUAACCAAUAGCAUGGGAAAACUACUGUAAUCAUUUUAGGACAUUACUUAAAUUUUCUGAUGAAACCAAAUAAACAAGGGAUGAUAUGGCAGACUGUAUCACUGGUGCUACAGCUAAUGCAUUCUGAUGCACAUAUCAUUGGCUUUGGGUCACUCAGAGGAAGUAGAAAGCGUAUGUAUUUUUUCCGUAACUGCCUGGACUUGAACCACUGAAAAGGUCAGGCUGUUCAGGUUCAGUGUUGUCAUAGUUGUUCAUGGAGUCACGUCCGUAUGGGAAUAAUGAGUUCUAUCUGUUAGAAUUUUUUGCUUUAUUAAAACAAUGAAAUUUGCUGACAGUAUUGUUUUUUUAAUAUGUACACACAUGUAUUAUGAUUUGGAAAGAGUGCCAGAAAUAUGAAGUAGAGCAAUGCUUUUUGCGGAAUAAAUUCUAUGAUUUCAAGUGCUCAGAAGACUAUUACUGGGGCUGGGGGUGGAGUUCUCUGUAUAUUUAUAUUGUUUGUUUUAUAAUUUGUCUCCAUAGAUACAAAUGAUUUUUUUUUAGAUACAACUAUGAAAUAAAAUUUGUCUUCUUAAGAGAA